GCGGCAGGUAGGGAGCCGGCAGAGCCGGGGCUGCGCCUCUCCGCGCCCCGCUCGCCCUGCCCCCGCAGGUCGGACAGCCGGGGGCGGGAGGCAGGGGUGUGCGGCGAGGGGGAUUAGCGGGACGCCGCGGCCCCGCCUUCCUUCCUCGCAUCCCGGGCGCGAUGAGAGGGGGAGAUGGACCCAAGCCGGCGGGACUGGCACCAUGACAUUCGUCGGCUUCGUGGUGGCGCUGGUGAUAGGGGCGAUCCCCGGGGCCCGCGGGCCGGGGCAGGUCUCCGCCAGCCUCCCGGCCGCCCGCGCACCACAGCCCCCCGCCGGCUGCCCCGCCGGGGGCUUCCCUGCGGCCCAGCGCCCCUGGGCACCGGCGGCGCCGGCUCUGCCUCGGCGGGGGGCGGCGGGCCGGGCGCCGCGGGGCCGCCGCAGCUCCUGCGCCCUACCCGGCGGCGGCGAGGGGCGACCCGGCUGCGCCCCCGGGGCCGGCCGGGGCGCGGCGGAGCGCGGCCGCGCUGACUGCGAGCGAGGGUCAGUGAGACUCCAGGGAGGCAAGAAUGAGUAUGAAGGAACAGUGGAGGUUUAUUUGAAUGGAAUCUGGGGAACAAUCUGUGGGAGCCAUUGGGACAAUAAUGACGCAACAGUUGUAUGUCGACAGCUUGCACUUGGGGAAAAAGGUACAGCAAAACACAUACCCUUUUCUGGAUUAGGCCUUAUUCCUGUUUUCUGGAGUGAAGUGCGUUGUCGCGGUGAUGAAGAAAAUAUACUGUUAUGUGAAAAAGACACCUGGCAAGAUGGGACAUGUCCUCAAAAAAUGGCAGCUGCUGUCACAUGUAGCUCCUCCCUGGGCCCUGUCUUCACUCCGAUCCGCCUGGCUGGUGGGAGUAAUGCCCACGAAGGAAGAGUGGAAGUCUACUAUGGUGGCCAGUGGGGCACAGUCUGUGAUGACCAGUGGGAUGAUGCAGAUGCUGAAGUUGUCUGUCGGCAGCUCGGCCUUGGGGGUGUUGCCAAGGCAUGGAGCCAGGCUUACUUUGGGGAAGGCUCUGGCCCCGUGCUGCUGGAUGAAGUGCAGUGCACGGGAAAUGAACUGUCGCUAGAACAGUGCCCAAAAAGCUCCUGGCGAGAACACAACUGUGGCCACAAAGAAGAUGCUGGCGUUUCCUGCACACCUCUCACAGAUGGUGCACUGCGGCUCACAGGUGGGAAGGGCAGUCACGAGGGCCGCCUGGAGGUCUAUCACACAGGCCAGUGGGGCACAGUCUGUGACGACGGCUGGACGGAGCUGAACACGCAGGUGGUUUGCUGGCAGCUGGGAUUUAAGUAUGGAAAAAGUGCAGGUAUGGAAAAAGAGAGCUACUCAGAAGAAAGCUCCGGGCCCAUCUGGUUGGAUGAUGUGAUCUGCUCUGGGAAGGAGACAAACCUUCUGCAGUGCUCCCGGCGGGAGUGGGGGAAGCAUGACUGCAGCCAUCAGGAGGAUGUCAGACUCAUCUGCCACCCAGAAAAUGACAGCCACAAGCGCUCACUUGGUCCUCCCAUCAGGCUGAUGGAUGGUGAGAAUAAGAAGGAAGGACGUGUGGAGAUUUUUAUCAAUGGCCAGUGGGGCACAAUUUGUGAUGAUGGAUGGUCUGAUAAAGAUGCAGCUGUAGUCUGCCGACAGCUUGGCUACAAAGGUCCAGCUAGAGCAAGGACAAUGGCCUAUUUUGGUGAGGGCAAAGGACCGAUCCAUGUGGAUAAUGUCAAGUGUACAGGAAAUGAGAGAUCCUUGGCAGACUGCAUUAAGCAGGACAUUGGGACACACAACUGCCGGCACAGCGAGGACGCGGGGGUCAUCUGCGACCACCUAAGCAAGAAAGUCCCUGGCAACAGCAAUAAAGAUUCUCUUGCUUCUGUUUGUGGGCUGAGGUUACUCCAUCGUCGACAAAAGCGAAUAAUUGGUGGGAAAAAUUCUUUACGGGGCGGCUGGCCGUGGCAGGUGGCACUGCGGCUGAAAUCCUCUCAUGGUGACGGGAGACUCCUGUGUGGUGCUACUCUCAUCAGCAGCUGCUGGGUCCUCACUGCUGCACACUGCUUUAAAAGGUAUGGCAACAACACUCGCAACUACGUAGUGCGGGUUGGAGACUAUCACACGCUGGUGCUGGAGGAGUAUGAGGAGGAAAUCGGAGUCCAGGAGAUUGUGGUGCACAAGGACUACAGGCCUGACAGCAGCGACUACGACAUUGCCUUGGUGAGGCUGCAGGGGCCCGAGGAACAGUGCGCAAGGUUCAGCACCCACGUUCUACCUGCCUGCUUGCCACUGAGGAGGGAGCGACCACAGAAAACUGCUCCCAACUGUUUCAUCACUGGAUGGGGUGACACAGGACGGGCUUAUUCAAGAACACUGCAACAGGCUGCCAUCCCCUUACUUCCCAAGAGGGUGUGUGAAGAGCGCUACAAAAGGAGAUUCACAGGAAGAAUGCUCUGUGCUGGAAACGUGCAGGAACAGAAACGAGUAGACAGCUGUCAAGGAGACAGCGGUGGACCACUGAUGUGCGAACGCCCAGGGGAAAGCUGGGUUGUGUACGGUGUGACCUCCUGGGGCUACGGCUGUGGGGUCAAAGAUUCCCCAGGUGUCUACACAAAAGUAUCAUCUUUCAUACCCUGGAUUAAAAGUGUGACCAAACUAUGAAUGCCCAUAAUGAAAACCAAACUUUGAGGCAGGACAACUUGAACAGCACAUGCAGUGCACAGCUGGGGCCCACAGUGGGUGGAAACAGACAUUUUCCUGAUUCACGUGGUUUUGUUUUCAUUAACUCUAAGCUGUAUACACUCAAGGCUUCCAGUUAGGGAUUACCGUCCUUCCUGUUCCAGAAGUUUAAAUAUUGCAUGAACAAGCUACCAUGUAUCUAAGGGGAAGUGACAGCCAGCUAGAGUAAUACUGGAGCAGGAUAGCUGGAGACUCUGCCCGCAAGACUGUAGCUCCAAGCUAUUUAUGCUCCAAGCUUCUCUACAAUUAUAGAUCUCAAUUAAUCUUCAGUCUAGUUUAUUUAGUCUAUUAUUCCCAUGAUUCUACACUCAGUGCCCUAAAUUCGACUCAUGUUUCAGUAGCUUCUGAGACCAUUCGUAGCCUGAUUCUCGAUAAGUACUUCUGAGUAUGUAUUAAAUGCAGGAAGGAAAAUAAUGGUCAAUAGUCACAUUCCCAGCUAAUUGGCUAAAUGUCCUCACAGGUUAGUGUGCCUAAAGUACAUUCCCAAGUAAAACAGGCAGUACAGUGACAUUUUCUCCACAAACAUCCUGCACACCUGCAAGAACAACCACUUAUUUACUUCACUCAAGUAGCAUUUGUCCUACUUCUGAAAUGUGCAAUUUUGAGUAUACAGCAUUUUGGAGAAGAUUCACUUUUUCUAUUUACCACUAGUUGUCAGUCCAGUGUCAGACUAACAAACAUCCCUAUCCUUUCAUUGCUGGGCUUUGCUCAAGCAGUGCAAAGAACCUCGGUCAAUCCUACCAAAGUAAUACAUACAAUGGAGUUGUGUUGAGCCGAAACUUGUCUGAAAAAGUUUAAGUCUUAAACUACCUUUUCUAUAAAGUGAUAUUUAGACAACUCUCUCCUGCUUAGUUGCAACACUGUUCAAGACUGAUCUCACAGGAAAGCUUAGUUUUCAGUGGCUUCUAAAGCACUGACACAUCUUGAUUUCGUUUAAUUACAUUUCCAAAUACUGUUCCCCAUGCUAUGAAAUCCCUAACAACUUACUUAAAAAAUGCAAUGAUAACCAACUUACUGUCCUUUGAGAAAGGGCCACUACAAGGAACCUAGAACACAGCAGGUAAUCACCACCUUAUUGUAACACUGAAAGGCAUCAGUCUGGAAAUCACCUGUGAAACGACUCACUGGGGAGGGAGCCAGGACAGCUCAGCACUACAAUCCCCAUGGUCCAAGACCAUGCUGAGUCCAAGUGUGCUCUACCCAUCACAGUAACAACCAUGCUCAUAAAAACACAACUGAAAGCUGUGGGCCAUGAAACACUCCAGUGUGACAAGUGUGGCAGAUGAAUGUCACCACAUAGUGAUAGUGCAAACUGCAACCACCAGUGACUGUUUCCUCAUUUCCUAUUCCCCAAACUGGCUAUGACUGUGUUGCGUGGCGUUUUGUGAAAAAGUGGGGUGCUUGCAUUCAUGCUGUAAGUGGGCAAUUAUUCAUUUUUGUAUUGUUGUGUGUCUCUCUGGUGUUAUAACAAAUAUCCAAGACUCACUUGCAUAUGAAGUGGCAAUGACAUUGCCAAAGCCCUUAUGAUUGAACAUUUAGCCCUUAAUAUCUCCAACCUCAAAUUUAAGUUUUCAAGGGUCAGGACUAAUUAUUGUAACUGGUGCUAAACUAGUACAUGAGGUGCUUUAAUGUAUUUUAGUUCUCUCUAAUUCCACACUAUUUCAAACAGUGUAAAAUAUUUUAAAACAUCAUAAAUCACUGUACUGUGACCACCUACUGUUAGACCAAUGCAAAACACUGUGCUAGUCAACUUCAAAACCAUUACAUUCUUACUUCUAUAUAGCCCUUAAGUACAAGGGAAGUCAGUCUGUCAAAGUAUCUGCAUGUAACAUCCAAGUAAAGCCGUACAAGACCCAUUGCAACUUGUGGUGAAGUAGGCUACAUAGUGCAAUAUAUGUUAUAAUCAGGGGAAAUAAUCAUCCCUUAAUAGCUGCACCACAGAAACAGGUUAUCUUGGGGGGGGGGGGGGGGGGGGGGGGAACUAAGCCUGAUACUAAGUGUAGUAAACAUUUAGAUUUAGUACAGUACUUUGUUAUUUUUGCUCUUUUAAUAGAAUGCUUUGUUAGAUUUUAAAAUGUUGCACUAUUGUUUCCAUGCUGAGCAUGCCUUCUCAGUUUCUAACUUAAAAUGAAAUUGCCUCCAUCUUACGCCAUUCUCAUUUUUGUUCAGUGAGCCUGAUGGUGUACAUGUAUACAAUAAAAACUGCCACACUGAC